GAAGAGAGACAGAGACAGAGACAGAGACAGAGACAGAGAUGGCGAUGACUUCCUGAGAAUCCCAGGACGAGAAUGAGGAGAUCUUGGUGGAACUUGGCGUGGGUGAUCUCGCAUCUGCUUGUCUUUCACCUUUCCUCAAGAAUUUUGGCAAUCCGGAAAGAUACAGGCUUCCUUGAGAGGCGCAUUUGUAGAAACACGGUCCAAGGGAGACUUUUGCUUUCCGAUGAUAAUGGCCAUGUAUGUGAUGCUUUUUCCCUAGAUCCACAGACUCGCUGCUGUCCAGAAAAUGGAGAGAAAUUCUCUUGUUAUGGGUGCAAUCUCUUUUCACAAUGUUGCACCUCGUAUGAAUAUUGCGUGUCAUGCUGCCUGAACCCAACUAGGACUCAGAAGGAUGAAGUGCUCAAAGUAAAAAUAGCCAAGCCUGCUACAGCAGGUACUUACGGCAGCAUAUUUGAUUUCUGCACUGGGAGAUGUCGUCACAAUUCCGAAAGUGUGGUUCAUGAAAAUGCUUAUCUUAGCGAAUUCCAUCAUUGCUUCUCCCUGCCUGCAAAUUCUUCAGGGUUUAGCAGCAAGACUUUAGAAGCUGGACUGACUGGUAUUAAUGUCGUUGUGGGAAGGCAAGGUGAGUCCUGCGAUUCAGUCUGCAGGUCAAUUGGGCAGUCAUGUGUCCCAAAUAAGCUCGCGCUUCUGAACCAAUGUGAAAUUAUGCAGAAAUAUCUGAGCUGUAAAGGAGCUUGUUUGGCAAGCAUCGGAGGAGAUCAACCUGCUGAAGUUGCUGAUGAUGCGCCUAGACAUCUGAAUCCAGGAGCUUGCUUGUAUACCCAAAGACAAUCAGUGCUUUCAUGUGAGGGUUCGCAUCGGCAUACUAGGAGACUCUGCCCGUGUGCUUAGUAUAAUUGCUUGGAAAUGCGAUGAAUUUCAGAGUUUCUUCGACACCACGUGGGGCAUUGAACAUGCUAGCAGCAACGCAGGUCUCAUUUUUGAAGGGCUGAGUUCUGACACCUAGAAUUUCUCUUUUGGCCGUCUGACACGUAUAGUUGAAAUGCUCUGCUUCGGUCGCAAAUCAAGAUUAGUUGUGGUAGUGCAUGUUUGUGUCGUAAUAAUGUAGAUCUUCAAAUUUUGGCAUUUUUGGAUGCUCUCUUCGCGUUGGAAGGCUGUUAAGAAGGAACAUGAGUUAGAACAUCUCUGUUUUGCAUGCAUAUUUUAUAGCACAAUUAAGUUUUAGCAUUCUGCUGCUUCACAGAAUUGGAAUCUCUCCCUCUAUAAAA